GAGAGCAGCAGCAGCACGAUGGCUCACAGCUUCACUCAGGAGUACUUUCAGAUCCCCGUGGUGACACGAGCGUACACCACCGCCUGCAUCCUCACCACCGCUGCUGUGCAACUUGAGGUCAUUACUCCCUUUCAGCUGUAUUUUAAUCCAGACCUCAUCAUCAGACAAUACCAGAUAUGGCGUCUGAUAACCAGCUUCCUCUUCUUUGGUUCUGUUGGAUUCAGCUUCGUGUUCAACAUCAUCUUUCUUUAUCGAUAUUGUCGGAUGCUGGAGGAAGGCUGUUUCCGGGGGAGGACGGCAGAUUUUGUUUUCAUGUUCCUGUUUGGAGGAAUCGUGAUGACUCUGUUCGGUCUGUUCGCCAACGUCCUCUUCCUGGGCCAGGCCUUCAUCAUCAUGCUGGUGUAUGUGUGGAGUAAAAGACAUCCGCUCGUACGCAUGAACUUCUUCGGCCUCCUGAACUUCCAGGCACCUUUCCUCCCCUGGGUGCUCAUGGGAUUUUCGCUGCUGCUCGGAAACUCCAUUGUGGUCGACCUCCUAGGUAUCAGUGUGGGUCACAUGUACUACUUCCUGGAAGACGUGUUUCCAAACCAGCUGGGAGGACGGAGGCUGCUGAUGACGCCAGAACUUCUGCGGGCCAUGUUCGAUCAGCCGGAGGACCCUGACUACCGUCCGCUCCAUGAAGAACAGCAGGGGGAAGAUCUGCUGCAGGACGAGGAGCCACAGGAGUAAUAAUACUAAGACCACAACAAUCUGGAUAAAUCUGAGGACACAGGAAGACAGUUAGAAGAUGUGGAUCUGCGGAGCCCUGACUCCUCGCAGAGUGCAGUAACGACAUUUAAAAUUGAACUGCACAUCAGCAUCAUGAAUAUUCACAAUAUUUCUUACCUAAUGGUACAUUGCCACUAAGCAGUUCAACUACGGAGAGUUUAUUUCGGACAAAAAACAUAAUUGAAUCAAAGCAAAGAAAAUAUGGAAUCAUGUGUAGAAGGAAGACACACCAAGUAACCUUUUUUGGGGGUGGAAAUGAACUUAAAAGGGCAUCCUGUAGUUCAUUUGACCACGAUUCAGCAGAGAAAUGUUUUUACGAGUAGGUCCCUGUUGUGUUUUCAUAGUGCACAAGCACGGGGCGACAUAAAAGGCAGGGAAGAAAACCAAAAGCAAGUCAACACUGCAGGAUUUAAAAUGUUAAUAUCAAAUGUUUACUGAGAAAGAAAAGUGAGACCUCAAAGAUACACACAAUAACGGUAAAGGCAACACACAGGGCACCAUUAAGGUCGAUUUACAAUAAUUGUUUUUUAUUUAGCUUUCUAUCGUAUCUCUUGGUCUUUAUCGGGGGGCAAUCACAUGAACGUCAGAUGGUUUCAUACGAGGAUACAUUGUAAACCCUUUCUGAGGUCAAUAAGAUGCAAGGGCUUCAUAAAAAGCUUGUAACUGGACAUUUGGGUUAAGAUGUUGCCCACAUGAGCUGUUUAAAGUCUAAGAUGUACGUGCAUGCCUAACAGAAUGUAUGCUUGAACUUGUCAAAAUAUUCUUUACAAAACUCCAAACCUAGCAACGAGGCAGUGAGUGAUUCACCUGAUCUCUCUUUAUAAAGCUAUUCACUUUAUCAGCAUAAACAAAUAUAAACCUCCUAAGUAAGCACACUCCAACUGUGUAAAAUAAGUCAAAGCAGUUCCCUCCCUGCUGCUGUCACACUGAACUGCCGACCUCCUGAAACCAGCAGCCCGUCUGCACACUCUGCACUUUCACCCGCUGCCUUUUGUGGGUCAAACACUGGCGAACUAAAUGGAAAUUGCUUAGCACAACAACAAGCAAACAAGUCUCUGUGGGAGCGUCCGGCAACCACACAUAUUUCAUUGUCAGUCGUGACACGGCACUGUGGAACAUUUUAGUCAAGAAAACGUUUCUGUUUGCAGGGAUUCAAUGGAAAGCAUCAGCAAGCACAUUUAUAGGAAAAAUCAUCGUGGUAUUGACAAUUCAAUGUGGGGAAAUUCACACACACGUACCUGAUAUUUAACAUUUGAUUUGUUUAAUAAAAACAAAAAUCUAAAGAUGUAAUAUUUAAUUGCAAUUUUGCUGACCAGUAUUGCAAUUUAAACUAAUUUGUUCUAGAAAUUAAACUACAGCCUUUCUUUUGUGACUUAUAUUAAACAAAGAAAAAAUAGAAACUUGUUUCCUCGUUAAAAAAAGGCAGGCAAGUUUUUAUUUGUACUCGUCAGUUCAACUUACAGAAGCCUUCUUAAAAAACUGAACAAAUUAGCUCACUUUUAGAAAUGACACUGCAUAUUUGACCUUAAGCUUAAUGCUAACAAAGAGAUGCUAACACUCUUACACAUGACAAUGUUCUGCUGGUAUGUUUAACAUGUUCAACUUCUUUGUUUAGCGUGUUAGCAUCCUAGCAAUAUCUGACUGGCACAGAGCUAAAGGUGCAGCUGAGGCUGAUGGGAGUGCUGUUACUUCUGAAAGGCAGUUGGUCAUUGACUUGUGAUGGACACAAUUUAAGCUGAUGGCUGAUAUAGAGGGAAAAGUCAAAGGAUCAUCAAAGUUAUAAAAAUGUACUCUGAGGAAAACAGAUAUCUGUAGAAAAUGUAAUUGCCACCAAUAUUAAUAUUAUUUGAAUCUCAAAGAAUAUAUUAGACUGACACUUCAACUGCCUUUGUUACCAGAGAAAAUAUGCCACCUUUAAGUAUCACAACCGCUAAUUAAAACACCAUUUAUUUUGUGAGCUAGAAAUAAAAUGCAUCUCUCAAGAUGAAAGAAAUGACACUAAGGUGCCAUGCAUAUUCAAUAAAACAAUAAUAUCAUAUUCCCAUAGUAAUGCAGAAAUUGUUUAUUCAUUUACUUUUUAAGGGGCCCUAUUACGCCCAUUUUCACUUUCAUAUUUUGUGCCUUGCUUUAAUGUUCAUAAAGCUCUUUAUUUGUA